AUGUCUUCAGUCACUCUGGUUGGUGCUGACUCUCCACCGUCAGUCACUCUGAUUGGUAUUGAUACUCCACCGUCACUCACUCUGGUUCGUACUGACUCUCCACCGUCAGUCACUCUGGUUCGUACUGACUCUCAACCGUCAGUCACUCUGGUUCGUACUGACUCUCCACCGUCAGUCACUCUGGUUCGUACUGACUCUCCACCGUCAGUCACUCUGGUUCGUACUGACUCUCCACCGUCAGUCACUCUGGUUCGUACUGACUCUCCACCGUCAGUCACUCUGGUUCGUACUGACUCUCCACCGUCAGUCACUCUGGUUCGUACUGACUCUCCACCGUCAGUCACUCUGGUUCGUACUGACUCUCCACCGUCAGUCACUCUGGUUCGUACUGACUCUCCACCGUCAGUCACUCUGGUUCGUACUGACUCUCCACCGUCAGUCACUCUGGUUCGUACUGACUCUCAACCGUCAGUCACUCUGGUUCGUACUGACUCUCGACCGUCAGUCACUCUGGUUCGUACUGACUCUCCACCGUCAGUCACUCUGGUUCGUACUGACUCUCCACCGUCAGUCACUCUGGUUCGUACUGACUCUCCACCGUCAGUCACUCUGGUUCUUACUGACUCUCCACCGUCAGUCACUCUGGUUCGUACUGACUCUCAACCGUCAGUCACUCUGGUUCGUACUGACUCUCAACCGUCAGUCACUCUGGUUCGUACUGACUCUCAACCGUCAGUCACUCUGGUUCGUACUGACUCUCAACCGUCAGUCACUCUGGUUCGUACUGACACUCCACCGUCAGUCACUCUGGUUCUUACUGACUCUCCACCGUCAGUCACUCUGGUUCGUACUGACUCUCAACCGUCAGUCACUCUGGUUCGUACUGACUCUCCACCGUCAGUCACUCUGGUUCGUACUGACUCUCAACCGUCAGUCACUCUGGUUCGUACUGACUCUCAACCGUCAGUCACUCUGGUUCGUACUGACUCUCCAUCGUCAGUCACUCUGGUUCGUAGUGACUCUCCACCAUCAGUCACUCUGGUUCGUACUGAAUCUCCAUCGUCAGUCAUUCUGGCUUGUGCUGACUCUCCGCUGUCAGUCAUUCUGACUUGUGCUGACUCUCCACUGUUGGUCACUCUGGGUCAUAAUGACACUCCACCGUCAGUCAUUCUGGCUUGUGCUGACUCGCCGCUGUCAGUCAUUCUGGGUCAUGAUGACGCUCCACUGUCAUUCACUCUGGUUGGUACUGACAAUCCACUGUCAGUCAUUCUGGGUCAUAAUGACACUCCACUGUCAUUCACUCUGGGACGUACUGAUACUCAACUGUCAGUCACUCUUGUAGAUAAUGGUACUCCGCUGUUAUAG